AUGGAGCGUCUGAACUGGGUAUCCAGCGCCGAUCCUAAGCUUGCUAGUGCAUCUGCGUGCGCGUUCUUUGCUCUGGGAACUUGCUGGAUGGUGAAGGUGGGGAAACGCCUUCACCACUCUUGGACUUUGUCAAGGUACAAGAUCAUCCUUGGUGCUUCGCCAUGUAUUCUCCUGAGGCUUGACUUGUGA